AAAGGACAACACUCUCGACUUCAAACAUCUUCUGAUCAUCUCACUCUCAGGGCAGCAGCUCACCGCAUCAGCAACAGGAACAAUGGCUCUUUCUGUUGGUGUUCGCAUCCCUCGUGGCCAGCGCCAUGGCUGGUGAUCUGCUGUACGGCGGCUUGGCAGACCCUCUCCUUGGCAAUGGCAUUGGCAUUGGCCUCGCUGGUCCUGUCCUCGGCGCUGGACCUGUCAUCGGUAGCGGCAUCGUUGGUCCAGUCGUCGGCAAGGGCAUUGGCAUUGGUGUUGGUCCUUACUACGGAAGGCGCGCCGCCCUCGGCGUGGCCGCUGGUCCUAUCUACGGAAAGGGCAUCGGUGUCCCAGUCAUCGGCAGUGGCAUUGGCUAUGGUCUGCCCGCUGCUUCCAUUGCUUCAAUUGCUCCUGCUGCCGUGUCUCCCAUCAUCGGCAAGAGCAUUGGCAUCGGCCCUGUCUACGGAAGGGGUAUCGCCCUCGGCGCUGCUCCUGUCUUGAGCAAGGGCGUUGGACUUCUGGGUGCUCCCAUCAUUGGUGAUGGUCUUGCAGCCGAUGCCGGCCUCAUUGCACCUGCCUAUGGUCUUGGCGCUGCUGGCCUUCUCGGAAAGUACUAACUGCCAACAACCAGCACCAGUGAGACUGGACGAGAACAGCAUGCCAUCUAGUUGCUGUUCAAAAUAACAAAUGAAUAAAGUUGAUCUAAUUCA